UUUUUCCAUUGUAACAAUAACAACACAAUAAUUUGUAGAGUUCACCAAAGCCGCACAGUUAUCCUUUGUGAAGCGUUUAUGUCGGAGGUCUCACUAAAUAUAACCAGAACUCAUGAGGAUUUAACACAAGCUCUCUGCAUUUUCACCGAAAAAAAUUCCGGCAAGGCACUGGUUUUGUACUCACCGGCCGGCGAUCAAAACCAGUGCUCACCGGAUUUUCCAUCCUUCUGGGUUUAGUAACCAAAAGUCUCAUCUCGUUUUUCCUUUUGGUUUCCUUUCUUCCCCUUCUUCCCUUUUGAUCCCUGUCUGACAUUGUCUGGCUAAUAACGUACGUCUGUUUAGCUUCAGGUAUUGAGAAAUCUUUGUUUUCCAUAUAGCCGCUCCGAUUAGGUGACAUUCUCUUGUCUCUCUGUCCACUGCAUCAAUCUGUUUCAUCUCGAAAUGUGGACGUCCAUCUUCAAACCUUAGCCCCAACACCAUCAGAGUUUAAGGUGCAAGGUUUCUGCGGCGGGAAAUGUCGACCAAGGUGAAAGGACUGUUCAGAGGUCUCAGAUACAUUUCACAAAUAUUUGAUGAGAAAGAAGAAGAUGAAAUACAAAUCGGGUUCCCAACAGACGUAAAGCAUGUGGCACACAUCGGAAUGGAUGGUCCGUCAGCAAACACCCCAACAUGGAUGAAUGAAUUUAAAACCGCAUCAGAGGUCUCACAACCGGCAUCGGCGCCGGUAGAAGCACCGGUCGACUCUGUCGAAACUCAAGGAGAUGGUAAGACUUCAAAGGAUUCAAAACGUAAAGCAAAACAUAUUCCAAAAUCAAGACACGGUUCCUUGGAAAGCAAUAACACGGAUUCCCCAACCCGAGGGAGCUCAGACGGAUCAAAGCAUGUGCGACGCCACCGAUCAUCGGACCCUACAUCGGAGUGUUCGGCUCGCGAUUCCCCGUCCUCCGGCACCCGACAAUCGAGAAAAGGCCGGAGCUCGAAUCCAGGAUCGGAUUCGCAGGCGGCAUCGAAACCGGGGCGUCGUCGGAAGGCGAAGACGACAUCCAUUGACGACACGGAGAGGCCAGAGCGGUCAUCGAGAAGAUCGUCGAAAGGUGAUUCCAUGUCUGACAUCUCUUUACCGGAUCUCGAUGCAGCGAGUGAAAACGGGCACGAGCGGAAAAACAGCGAGUGAGGAUUGAGAAUUGAUUCGGAUAAAUCUUUCAGGUUUAGUGACACAGAUUGAAUUGUAAUGAGAAUCUAGAGAGGAAAAGACUGAGAAGGAGGGGAGGAGGGAAGAAAAUUUGUAAUUUGUAAAUUAGUUAAUUUUAAGUUUGGACGCAGUCCUCCACU